CUGUUAAAGUUAGGUUAAAAAAUUCAUAAUAAUUUUUAACGCAAAAAUGAAUAUUUCAUUGAGGAUUGUAAAUAAAUUAAAUGCAGCGUGGAAAAUUAAGCACUACAGUAGCAAUUGUAACAAUUGGGAUGGCAGUAAAAUAAGAAACAUAGGUAUAUUAGCUCAUAUUGAUGCGGGAAAAACUACAACCACAGAAAGAAUGUUAUUUUUUUCUGGCAAGAUAAAACAAAUGGGUGAAGUGCAUCAUGGAAAUACAGUCACAGAUUAUAUGGAACAAGAACGAGAAAGAGGUAUAACAAUAACAUCAGCAGCAGUGACAUUUCCUUGGAAAAAGCACCAGUUUAAUCUAAUAGAUACCCCUGGACAUAUUGAUUUUACUAUGGAAGUCGAACAAACUUUAAAUGUAUUGGAUGGAGCUGUGGUUAUUUUGGAUGGAUCUGCAGGUGUAGAAGCACAAACAAUAACUGUGUGGAAACAAUCAGAAAAAUACAAAAUUCCUAAAGUAAUUUUUGUUAAUAAAAUGGACAGGGCAGAUGCAAAUGUAUUCGUGUCCUGUGAUUCUGUAGAGAAAAAAUUGGAAUGUCCUACAAUAAUGUUACAAUUACCUGUUAAGGAGAAUAAUAAACUUUUAGGGAUUGUGGAUAUACUUAGUCUAAAUUUUAUUAAAUAUGAAAAAGAAACAUUCAGUAGAAUAGAACUAACAGAAAAGGAAAAUUGUAAGUUGUGGACUGAAGCUGUAGAAGCUAGAUGUAACUUAAUUGAUAAAUUAACUAACUUCAAUGAUGAUUUGGCAUAUCUAGUUAUAUCUAAUGAUUCUUUAGAAAAUAUUUCAACAGAUGCAAUUGUUGGGGCUUUAAGAAAAUCCACUCUGGAUGGUGUUAUUGUACCUGUUCUUCUAGGAAGUUCUUAUAAAAAUAUAGGAGUUCAAGCCCUAAUGGAUGCUGUGAUUUUAUAUUUACCCUCCCCACUAGACAGACAUGCUCACUUCAAAUAUUUUGAGGACAAUUUUUGUGGAAGAACCUUUAAAGUUAUGCAUGAUAAACAAAAAGGACCUCUAGUGUUUACAAGAAUUUACAAUGGAGAACUGCAUAAAAAUCAGAGACUGUAUAAUGUACAACAGGAUGCUUCAGAAAGCAACACUAGAGUGUAUGUGCCUUAUGCUGAUGAAUUUAAAGAAGUGGAGAGUGUCACCAAUGGCAAUAUUGCAGUUAUUGCAGGGCUAAAGAUAACUAAAUCUGGCGAUCUGUUAACAAGUUCAAACAGUGUUUUCCAAAAAGCCAGAUCUAAACUAUUAAAAGCAGAUGAUUCAGUUGGUGACGGUGUUAAGGACGUAUUUGGAAGUGGGCCAAAACCACCACAACCUGUUUUCUUCUGUUCGAUUGAGCCACCAAACUUGGCCACCCAAUCUGCCCUAGACCAAGCUCUUGAAGAGCUACAACGGGAAGAUCCAAGUUUAAGGGUUAACCAUAAUGAAGAGACUGGUCAGACUGUGUUAGCAGGAAUGGGAGAAUUGCAUUUGGAAAUUAUUAGGGAUCGAAUUUUAAAAGAAUAUAAAAUUAACGCCGAUUUGGGCCCCUUGCAAAUUGCUUACAAAGAGACACCAUUAGAACAAGUAAAAAAAGAAUAUGUGGUGGACACUAAAAUUGGAAAUAGUAAACAACAAAUUGAAAUUAAACUGUCUCUGAUCCCUGUGAUUGAUAGGAUCAGCAACGAUUUUUUGAAAUUUGAUAAGAGCGCUGAAUCUGCUAGCAAUAUUUCUGGUAUAUUUCCAAAGCAUUUGUUGGCUAUAAAACAAGGAAUAGAAGUUGGACUGAUGCAUGGACCUAAAAUAGGCGCUCCUGUCAUAAAUGCUGAACUCAUGCUUCAUUGGUUUGUAGUUGGGAGAGGGACGUCGAAUUCAAUGAUAACUGCAACUGUAACUCAUGUAACUCGGGAGUUAUUGAAAGAGUCUGGUUCGGAUAUCAUGGAACCUGUAAUGAAUUUAGAAAUUGUUUUGCCUGAUGAAUACCUUACAGCUAUCCUGGCUGAUCUCUCAAGAAGAAGAACUGCAAUCAACAAUGUGUCAGUUAGAGGCAAUGCAAAAUUAGUAACAGCACAAUGCCCUCUGUCAGAGCUUAAAGGAUACUCAACAAUUUUAAGAACAUUAUCUUCUGGAACAGCUACCUUUACAAUGGAAUUUGCUAAAUACCAAAGAAUGUCUGCUAUAAAUGAAGAAAAAGCAGUAAAGGAGGUCAGGGGUUUUUAACUUCUUGUACUUAAUAUGGAUAAUAUAGGUUUUAUUUUAUAUUAAA